CUCUAUUUUUUCAGACGAACCUAGACACCAUUCCAAUGGAUGAGCAGGUCCAAGAACCUCUUUCUGAUCAGGUGUUUAUCAACUACCGCGGAGAUGAGCUGCGCGAAAUCUUUGUCAACCAUCUAGAGCUGCAAUUAAGAAACGCAGGGAUCAACGUCUUCAUAGACACUAAAGAGCAGAAAGGGAGAAGACUACAAUAUCUCUUCACAAGGAUCAAGAAGUCUAAAAUCGCGCUUGCUAUCUUCUCCAAGAGGUACUGUGAGUCAAAGUGGUGUUUGGAUGAGCUAGUGACGAUGAAUGAACAGAUGAAGGAAAAGAAACUCGUGGUGAUUCCAAUCUUCUAUAACGUAAGAUCGGACGAUGUGAAAAGAGCAGCCAAUCCCGAUGGAGAAGGCGGUCUUGAUGGAGAGUUUUCCCUUCCUUUUAAGCAACUGAAGCAAAAACAUGCAGGAGAGCCUGAGAGGAUCGAGGGUUGGGAGUGUGCCCUGAGAUCUGUGACAAAAAGAAUAGGGUUUUCCCGGUCAAAAUACGAACACGAUACCAAUUUUGUUUUAGAUAUUGUUAAGGAGGUUAAGAAACAGCUAAAGAUACCAACUGACGAAUGUUGGUCAGCUAUAGGAAUUGCUAUCUCGGCUAUAACCAUCAACUUUAUCUUUAGUUUCUUCAUUGCCCCUAAGUAUCUCCCUGAUCAGAAGUUUUUCCAGACUCCUGAAUGGUUCAUAGGUUCUCUGGCAGUGGUUCUUGCGUUGUGGUUUUGGUACAAAAAUAACCAGAACAAAGCACCACUUCUUUCAUAAGUGGCUUUUGUGCAACUUUAUGCUGUUUAUUUGUGUGUUGUUAUAAUGUGGUGUUAAAGAUAAUUUGGUUGGUUUGUACAUUUGUGUCUUUUUGUUAAUAAGUAUGUUGUAAUUGUCAGUUACUAUCGUAAAGAACAAAAUUGUGCUUUGUAUCAAUCUGGGUCUCUUCUCUGAGUAAGCUCUUUGACAAGACAUUCUCGUUUUCCUAAAAGUCUUUUGCUUCUUCAUUGGUUAGAUAUUAAUGGAAAUGGUGAAUUUAUCACUUGUGUGAUCUUUGAGUAUAAGCAAAUUAAAAGAUGAAAUGCACC